AAAGUUAUCAUCAUAAUAAACCUAUUCAAAAUUUGAUGUUUUAUUGAUUUUUAUUUACAAAAUAUGAACAUAUGCAUUUUAAAAUACCACCUAAUAGUAUAUUGCUGCAGAAACUGGGUGUGUCGGAGCACUUAGGUAAAGCACAAGGUGUCUCUCUCGUACAGGAAUAUCGCGCGCAUUAUGAUAUGUAUGUUUAUUUGCUGAUAAGCCGAAGCUCGUCACUAUCAGGCCCCGACCGUGUUUAAACAUUGUCAUGGGUGGCUCGUAAAAUUCUGCACCUUUGAACGAAGCUUUCCGAGCAAAUCUUUCCUUGUGGUGAUGUUUUGGUCGGUGUAAAAAAAAUGGACCAACGACGGUCUCGAGAGGUGGCGACGUCGCUGCAGAAGUGGCACCUGCGAGACGGGCAGAGGAAAAUCGCCAACAGGAGCAGCAGGGCGGGGUCGCCACCCAGUUGGGGCAGCUUUCGCGGUCGGACUGGCAGACACCGUAAUAUUAGUGAUAGUGAAAACAAACAUAAUAAUCCACCGUGGCCAAUAUUUUGCGGGAUAUUUAUUAUACAGUUUUUCAUUCCCGGAGUGUUGACCUCCCACGGAGUCUACUUGAGUCAUCUUUUGAACCAAGAAAAGUAUGAAAAUCCAUUUGCAGUGGUUUGGCCGCCAGCGAUAUUUUUGCUCACUUGGUGCGCGACAAGGCCAAUUUUCCGAUAUUUGGGAGAGAGAAAGAAAGGCGCCGACAGCAAAAUCCUGGCUGCUUGUGGCACUUUGAUUUUGGCUAUUGGACUAGCCGCAAGCUCAGUUGCACCCAACACUGAACUCAGGAUGCUAACUUUUGGUUUUAUCGGAGGAAUUGGGUGUAGUUUGGUGGUGACUCAGUGCGAAACGCAGUCUCAUCUCCAUUUUCGUCCGUCGGUCAGCCUGUGUUUCAGCAGCGUUUCGCAAUCUUUGGGCCAUUUCGCCGCGCCUCUGAUAAUGAUGGCUCUCGUCUCUAAGUAUGGAAAAGUCGGAGCGCCCUUGAAUCAAGCGGCUGUCGCGCUCCACGGUCUGAUCGGCGCUCUUUUGUUGCGGAAAAGAAGCGUAAAAUCACAGUGGAAACCUCCGCCUAUGACGGAGAAUGGUGAAGAGGAGGAAGUAAUUUAUAGCCGGGUGCCCACCAGCCCAAAAUUGGUUAUGCGAAGUUGGAAAAAUCCAGCGUCCGAUCCACUGGACAACACAGAGUCGGGAGACGUGUUUCUCGAAACUGAGGAUUUUGAGGAGGAGGAUAUUAAUUUUGAUGUUCUCAACGACGGCAGACCCAGAAAUCACAUGGGAGUGGAGAUCCUGCCUCAGAUUUUGGAAGAGGACGAGGAGGAAGAUGUCAUUCUCGAUGUGACUCAAAAAAGAUUUUCGAAAUUCCGCAUGAGUUUGAACAGGGACAGUUGGCUUCCCAUGCCUCCUUUGGAACAUUAUUCGUCCGAACAACAGGAUUCAACAGUUGGCGGAAAUUCGCCAAUGCUGCUCCUCACUCCGUCUUCAAUACCAGAAGCUAGAGUCAAAACUUUUACUUUUGAAAGACCAUCGUGCUGUUCAAAAUUUGCUGAAGAAUUUUGGAUUGCGUGGAAAAAGAUCUUGCAUUUUUGUAAGUCCAUAUCGUACAUCGCCCUCGUCCCCACUGUGCUAAUCAACCUGGCGCAAAAACUUGCCCAGCUUGGCGUUUUGGCCGUUCUGCCCGCGGUCGCCAAUGACGUGGUGCGGUACCGCAGACACGAAGGCGCAUUCUCGAUGGCCAUCGUUGGCUUCGGCUGGUUGUGCACCACGAUUUGCACGCCUUGCUUUUUGCUCCCCUCGGCAAAAAGGCAGAGCGGGAUUAUUUUCUCCAUCCUCUACUUCAUCUCCAGUUUAGGAUUUGCCCUUCUCUCAGAUCCAAGAUCUCACGAUCGCCUUACUUUGGGGUGCGUAAUUAUAGGAAUGUCUCAUGGCGCGCUAUUGAGCACAAUCCCUAGCAUUCACCACACACUAUGGGGUAGUGCCAGCGUCAAAAGUUCCGUGCAAAAUUUUGUGGAUAUUUUAACAGCAGCUCUCAUCACCCCUUGCGUGGCUGCUACUUUUUUAUGUGUGGACUCUAUUCAAGACUUCAAAAAUGUGUUUUUGUGUUUGUGUUUUUUGCAAGCUUCGAUGGGAGCAGGAACUCUUUUGUGGACAUUAAUGCGGAGGAUUUUUCACAAAUACCAAUCCUGGGAGUUGCAAAGGCAAAGUUUUAUAUUGUGAUAAAUUAUAAACACAAACUUUUUAUUGUAAUAAAAUGCAAAACAAAAUUUUCAAAACAAAAACAUUCCAAUUCUUAUUCAAGAGGUUCUUCCGUAAUCGCCACCGAAGGCUUGACACCUCCGACCAGCGCUCCAAAUGUACCCAAAAUCCCAGCAAAUGGAUUUGCAUUUCCCCCUCCACCGAGAGCCUUCAAGUGCGGCGAAAGUAAAUCGCCCGCGUUCGAAAUCAGGGCAGAAAUGUCCACAUUGUUCUUCGAAGCGGGGUUAAGAAUUUCAUCGGCGGACACCGUGUUAUUAUUGUUAUUGCUGCCCUUUUUCUG